UAUUUGUCUGCAUGGCAACCCGUUGCGGGUUCCCGCCAAAUUUGUUAGAGCGUAGAACCUGUGGUAGAAUCGUUAAUGAAAGAAACAUUUGAUACACAAAAUUCAUAAUAAGUUCUUUUAUUCUACACUAGUUCUUAGUUUUAAUAAUCCACGAUGGGUAUUCUAGGCUUAUCUAAGUUAAUAGCAGACAUUGCUCCCCAUGCAAUCAAAGAAAUGGAGAUCAAAAACUACUUCGGACGCAAAAUAGCAAUUGAUGCGUAUAUGAGCUUGUACCAGUUUCUAAUUGCUGUUAGGAGUGAAGGAUCUCAACUAGUAUCAGUAGAUGGAGAGACAACAUCCCACCUGAUGGGUACGUUCUACCGCACUAUCAGACUGGUGGAGAAUGGCAUCAAACCGGUGUACGUGUUUGAUGGGAAACCACCGGACAUGAAGUCACACCAGCUGAACAAACGAGCGGAGAGGAGAGAGGAAGCGGAGAAAGAGUUGCAGAAAGCUACUGAAGCUGGUGACCAGGAGUCUAUAGAGAAGUUCAACCGCCGUCUAGUAAAGGUGACGAAGGUGCACAAUGACGAAGCGCGUCAGCUACUGAAGCUGAUGGGCAUCCCCGUCGUGGAGGCACCGUGCGAGGCUGAGGCACAAUGCGCUGCUAUGGUGAAAGCUGGCAAAGUGUUCGCCUCGGCGACCGAAGAUAUGGACGCGCUAACGUUCGGCACCAAUGUGUUGCUGCGGCACCUCACCUUCUCUGAAGCUCGCAAGAUGCCCGUGCAGGAGUUCCAUCUCGAUGAUGUACUUAAAGGAUUGGAGCUUAACCAGAGAGAGUUUAUAGACCUCUGCAUCCUCCUAGGAUGCGACUACUGUGGCUCUAUAAAGGGCAUUGGACCGAAGCGAGCCAUAGAGUUGAUACGCCAACACCGCUCGUUGGAGGAAAUAUUAAAAAACAUAGACACGAACAAAUACCCGCCGCCUGAAAACUGGGACUAUGAGAGAGCUAGAGAGCUGUUCUUGGAACCUGAAAUCACUGAUCCUAAAGAUAUUGAGUUAAAAUGGACGGAUCCUGAUGAGGAAGGCUUAGUGAAGUACCUAUGUGGUGACAAGCAGUUUAAUGAGGAACGAGUCAGGAAUGGCGCCAAGAAACUCAUGAAGGCACGAACUGGUACCACGCAGGGACGCCUGGACGGAUUCUUUACGAUAUCUACAACUCCAAACCCCAAGCGCAAAGCUGAGGAAGACAAAAAGAAUGCAGCUAAGAAGAAAAAGGCAUCCGUCGGCGGCGGUAGGGGGCGCAAACCGAAGUAAUUUACACAAUUUGCAGCUAUAUCUUAGUCAGAAUAAGGUUGUUAUUAGACUGUUUUUACAUAACAUUACACUGUGGAUAGGGAGAUGACUGUUAGGUUUAUGAAAAAACAUUGGAUUUACGUUUUUUUACUCGAAACUUACUUACGUCAUUAUUUAUGUAUGUCUUAUCGGUUAGGCACACUUUUUACCGAGAAAAGGCUUAUGGCGUUUAAAGUACGCGUCCACAGGCCCGCAUCGUACGCAUCGCACGCAGCGGAUUUUAGAUUGUCUUGUAUAGAAACUGAUACAACUGCGUCCACUGAUCCGCAUCGUGCGGACCGCUCGUCGGCAAUGCUUACUUGCGAUGCGUGUGAUGCUUUCGAUGCGGGCCUGUGAACACUUACCUUUACAUUGAAUUUGCGUGGCCCGUCAGAUGUCUUUCUCUUAAAUCUGACUGCCAAUAGAAAACUGUUGAAGGCAAAUCCUCCGCUAUCGUCGGUCACCGGUGACCACCACGGCGUUCAAUGUGUUAAGUAUAUCUGACACACAAAAAAUAAAUAACGUGUCUCAUUUUCAUAUAUGGUCAUCAUCCCUAUCAGACUUAAUCAUAACUAUGUAAAAAAAUCUUAUUAAAUAAGUUGUCAUCUAAGUAUUUGCUGAAUACUAUAAUUACUACCUCGAUUACAAAUUGAUAUUGUUGAUCUGCUAUUACGAUGAGUGAAUUGAUUGUUGAUUGAUUUGAUUUGUAUAUAUUACUGGAAAAUAACAAGAACCGUUAAGUUUAUAAAGUUCUUAGAAAAAUUGCAAACUUGCGUAGGAAUCUAAACGAGAUGAUGAUUAUUUUGUAUGUUUAACAUUCCUAAAAAUAAUGUAAAGCUUCAUCAUAAAAAACAAUAAUCUGUCAAAAUGUAUUGACGUGGGAUGUGGUAAAGCGGUGUGGCGCGGCGCAAACGCGAUUAAUUGGCUUGAUUUUUGUUUAUAAUGUUAAAAACAGAAACAAAACGAAACUAUUCACAUGCACGUAUUGUGUUGAUUCGCAUAUCAUCGCACCGCUUCGCGUUUGCUUUUCAGGACGUUCCUUUACGAUACCCGCGGACAGAUUUGGAGGUGUUGAAAAUAUGUAUUUUACUCUGUUAUCCACAUGGCUUAAUGAAAAUAACUUUCUCAUUAUUCCUAGACAAUAUUUACCUAAAAACAGGACCUUUUUAUAUUGACAUGCGCUGGACCGCAGUUAAAUGGCGCACUCAGAGACAUUUAAUAAUCUUCAAACUAUUCCUUAGUAACGAUUUUGUAUCGUAUACAAUUGCCAAGGACUGGGUUAAGUAAUCAUUAAAUGUCUCUGAGUAUGGCAGUAAUGUUUGUGACUUAAUAAUUGGAAUAAACGCUUGAUAUGAAAAUAAUUUAUAAGUUCCUCUUUGAAAUAAAUUGUUUUAAAUAUAGU